CCCGCCCCCCCUCUUUACUCCCCGUGCGCAGAGAGCUGUUCUGGCUGCCAGCGGAGGGAGUUUGCAGUGCCAGGGCUGGAGGUGGGGCUGGAUGAUGGGUGCCCCGGGCUACAGGGGUGCAGUGAGCUGAGAUGCACGAGCGGUGGAGCGCUGGGGUCGCACCACCCCAGUCUGCAAAGAGGGUGUUUGCAACGCUGGGCAGGGGUGCGCAGCGCGGACCUGUGGAUGAACAGAGCGACUGCCUUGCUGGCACGGAAUAAAGAGCCUUGGAUUUGGUGCGCCACACUCACCAUCUCAUUCCAUCCUCGCCCUAUGGAGUUGUCGCCCUCUAGUAAGGGACAUGAGGCUCAGAGAAGGGGAAAUAUUGACCCAGAACCAUUCAGGACUCCUCUCUCCAAAGGCCUAUUAUUCUUUCUUGUGUUUCCCUGCCCUGGAGGAAGGAAAAAGUUUAGUCUGCAGUGCCUGGCUUGAAAGAAACAAAAGUUUCAAAUACCAUUCCUCCACAGGUCCAGUGACAGCACCCUUAGAUGUGAGCCUGGUACUAUGAAGGACUCCUUCCCAACACCCCCAACUCCUGCCAUGUCUGACCCCAUCACCCUGAAUGUUGGUGGGAAGCUCUACACCACCUCCCUGGCCACUCUUACCAGCUUCCCCGACUCCAUGCUGGGGGCCAUGUUCAGUGGGAAAAUGCCUACCAAGCAGGACAGCCAGGGCAACUGCUUCAUCGACCGAGAUGGCAAGGUCUUCCGCUAUAUCCUCAAUUUCCUGCGCACCUCACACCUAGAUUUGCCUGAGGACUUCCAAGAGAUGGGCCUGCUGCGCCGGGAAGCUGACUUCUAUCAGGUGCAGCCCCUGAUCGAAGCACUGAAGGAGAAGGAGGUGGAGCUCUCCAAGGCAGAGAAGAAUGCCAUGCUCAACAUCACACUCAACCAGCGUGUGCAGACUGUUCACUUCACAGUCCGAGAGGCUCCCCAGAUCUAUAGCCUCUCCUCCUCCAGCAUGGAGGUCUUCAGCGCCAACAUCUUUAGCACCUCCUGCCUCUUCCUUAAACUCCUUGGCUCCAAGCUCUUCUACUGCUCCAAUGGCAACCUCUCCUCCAUCACCAGCCACCUGCAGGACCCCAACCACCUGACUCUGGACUGGGUUGCCAAUGUGGAGGGCCUGCCAGAGGAGGAGUACACCAAGCAGAACCUUAAGCGGCUCUGGGUGGCGCCAGCCAACAAGCAGAUCAACAGCUUCCAGGUCUUUGUGGAGGAGGUGCUGAAGAUCGCCCUGAGUGACGGCUUCUGCGUUGACUCCUCUCACCCGCAUGCCCUGGACUUUAUGAACAAUAAGAUCAUCCGCUUGAUCCGUUACAGGUAGGUAGGCCCAGAAAGGCUUACCAGGAGCUCUGAGUCAACAAGAGCUCAGAAGGCAUCUUGGCCAGGAUGGAAGGCGGCCACAGUACUAAUCAGCAUUUAUCACACAGCAGGAAUUGAUCCCCCACAAGGUAGCCCUUCUGUGUGUAUCCACCUGUCUUCUCAACAGAGCUUCCUUCUUGUCCUUUGGAGCUGGAGCUGGACAGUCUGCCAUGCCAAGGGGCAGUCUUACAGUGUGUCCUGAAGGGGGCUUCUGGGGUGGACUGGGGACCAGCGAUAUCUUCACUUGCCCUGUCCUCUUGCCUCCUGGCUUCACUGUAUAACCAGGAGCUUCACUGUAUAACCAGGAGACAAGAAUUGUGACUGCCUGGAUGGCAUGAUCUAAAGGUAUCCCCUAGAAUCCA